AAACAAGCUGAGUGCGUGAGUGACAGGAUACGCACAUAUACAGGCCACGAAAGCAACAAAACAUUGGCGGAUUUUCUUUUUUGUAAUCCAAAAGGUCGAAGGUGCUUAAACGUUUUUAAUUAAUUUUGAUUUAAGGCCCUGAUAUGUAUUGAGAAAAAUAUUGAGCGAUCGUGUAACGUCAAUUGUUUUUUCCAAUCAUAUAGUGAUACCACUUUGGGUCAAUUUAUAUAAAUGUUCAUAGAUACAGCAUGUUUAACUGUCUAUGAAGUCUAUUCAUAUCCCACUAGGGAGAAAGUCGUACAGCAUAUCCAAGAGGGGUAGUUAUGGAAUUCCCCGGAUGUUGGAACGACAGAGGCCGCUACUGUGUGGCCAAAGCUAACUAGUUAUAUUUCUUCGCUUUUCAUUUAAAAAAAGCCGAACAUGUUCGGUUCUUCGAGAGCCGGAGGGGUUCGAGGAGGCCAGGACCAGUUCAACUGGGAUGACGUUAAAGUGGACAAACACCGAGAGAAUUAUCUGGGAAAUUCUCUCAUGGCUCCAGUUGGUCGAUGGCAAAAAGGCAAAGAUCUGACAUGGUACGCUAAAGACAAAACUGGCCGCGCCCGAACUAAAGAGGAGGAGCUCGCUGCUGUAAAGGCUGCAGAACAUGACGCAUUGAUGGCUGCGUUAGGUCAUAAGGUCAUAAAGAGACAACCCACUGGACUGACAAAAGAGGACUUGGCAGAUAUGUGUAGAAGAGAAGAUGAUGAUGGUGAAGAAAAAAAUGUGGAUCGGCUCUCGGGAUUGGGAAGCUCCAGCGCUGGCUCACGAAAAAUGGUCCUCACCCAAAAGGAAAAGGAGGCUGUUAAAAUGGGCCUUCCAGUUUUUACGCACCAUAAGGCUGCAAAUCAUCCAGAAACUUCAACUGCAAAGUCGUCAGAGAGUGCAGAAAAAGAAGAGGUAGAGCAACGUUUUAGUCAGGAGAGCAAGAAGAAAAAGAAAGAAAAGAAGAGCAAAAAGGAGAAAAAGAAGAAGAAGAAAAAGAAGAGGCAGAGAAGCGACUCUUCCUCGGAUUCAGAUGACGACAGAAAGAGGCCCCGAAAGGACCACCACCAUCCUAAUCCAUCAUACCGCAGUCAGAGUGGAGCCAGACCCCAUGACAGCCAUUCAAGGGGGGGACCGAAAGCACAGCAACAGCCCCCACGCCCUCAUCAUCGACAGCAGCGCCACGACACAGACACCUCCGAUGGGGGGUCCCCUGUCCCCUGUAACCCCUCGGGCCACAAGACGGCCCCUGGCGGUGCCGCACAAAGCCACAGGCGACGCCACGACACAGACUCGGACAGCUAAUGUGCUUCUCCGUCACCCAGUCCCAACCCGCCCCUCCCACUCGCUCACUCAUAAAGACGCUCUUCAAAAGCUUGAGCGCUCCUGAAGACCUCAUUUACCUAAUGGAGGUUUUGAGGGCCAUUUUUGUUGAUUUGCCAUUUAUUACCACUUCUUUGUUUUUAUCCUCAAUCACAAUGAUUAAACCUUUCAUGUACCAUUCAGAA